GUACGUAUCUAUAAAUCUAUAUAGACCCAUGUAUAUAUAUCUAUAUCUAUAUCCGUUUUAAUGUUCAUUCUUCGUUCAACAACUUUCAAGCCCAAAAGUUUUGAGAUAUACUGCAGAUACACAAAAUCAAUGGCUCAAUCAACUGCCAAAAAACUUAUAACAAUUGAUGUGAGUUCAGACAGUAUUUGCCCAUGGUGUUUUGUGGGCAAAAAGAAUCUAGACAAAGCUUUAGCUCAAUCUAAAGAUCAAUAUGAUUUUGAGAUUAAGUGGCACCCAUUUUUCCUAGAUCCUUCUUUACCUAAAGAAGGGGUUAGCAAGGAAGAUACUUAUAAGAGAAAGUUUGGUACUGCUAGAGCGAAUCAAAUAAUUGCUCGUAUGACUGAGGUUUUUAAAGGAGUUGGGUUGGAAUAUAACAUGUCUGGCCUCACGGGAAGUACCCUGGACAGCCAUAGGCUCAUACUUUUUGCUGGGAAACAAGGGUCUGAUAUUCAGCACAAUCUUGUUGAGGAGUUGUUUACUGGGUAUUUCACGCAGGGAAAGUUUAUAGGUGACAGGGACUUUCUGCUGGAAUGUGCAAACAAAGUUGGAUUAGAAGGAGCUGCUGAGUAUCUUGACAACCCAAACAACGGACUUCAGGAGGUUAAUGAAGAACUUGGGAAGUACUCUGCAAACAUUUCAGGGGUCCCUCACUAUGUGAUUAAUGGAAAGCAUCAGCUAAGUGGUGGGCAACCCUCUGAAGUAUUUCUAAGAGCUUUUCAAGUGGCUGCUAAGUGAAAAGUGAACUCAAGCCUGUCUUAAUUCUUAAAAGUUCAUACCUACAUACAUACACAUAUGUAAUAAAUAACGCUCCUUAAAUGUUCUCUGUAGUAACUUGGCACAUUGUAUCUUUUCGAAUUCGGCAACUUCAUUUGAAUUAAUUUCUCUUGUUCUGGCUA